AAAUAGAAAGCAGUAGAGAAUAUAUACCACCUAGUGAAAGUUUUAAUGAAGACUCUAAAGAUGGAAGCAUAGAAAAUUUUAGUGAUCAUCUCCAAAACAAGUAUGGGAUUACCAAAUUUGAAAAAUCUGAAUUAGACAUUUUUCAACUAACACUUGAUGAAAAAUUUCGUCAAUUAACAAGAAAUAAUGUUGCUUAUAAAGAACAAGUUGAUAGGGCUCUAGUCAAAUUUAUAAUUACAGAUUCACAACCAUUUUAUCUACUAGAAAGCCCAAGAUUUAUAAAAUAUUCAAUAGCACUUGAACUAUCUUAUGAAAUUUCUCAUAAUAAAGGAAUUAAAAAUAAAAUUUAUUUAGCCUAUAAUUGGAUAACGGCUACUCUUUCAUGGAUUCGAAUCCUUAAAUUGAAACCUGCUAUUGAAAUAAUGUAUAUUACAAUAAGCCAUAAUAAUGAUUCUGCAACUAAAAAAGAUGCACAACGUCUCAAAAGAAUUAUGUUAACACCAAACAAAUGGCAGUUAAUUGAUGACUUGGUUAAAAUUUUGCAACCUUUGACAAUUUCUUCAUUAAAAAAAUUACUUAACGUUAAUAUUAAUAAUAAUAUGGAUCUAGUUAUAGUAGAUUUUAAUGAUUCAAAUUCUGCAUUUAGUGAUAAUUUGGAUCUGGAAGAAGAGAUCGAAUUUGCUGAUGAACCAGAAAUAUUAGAUGUCAAAACUGAGAAAAAAAUAAAUCAAAUUAAAAUUAACACUUCCCAAAAAUGA